UCUUGUGACAAAGGUUGAAAUGGAUGAGAACGAGAAUCAACAUCCAGAACACCAUGUAGAGUUACCAAUAGAUGUUUCAAUCAGCAAAACUCAGUCAAAUUGCAUCCAAAUCCAAUCUUUAUCCUCUAUUCUGACACAAUUCCAUGCAGGGUACUUCAGAAUUAGUUUGUCUCUCACAAGCCAAGCUUUUCUCUUAAAGAUCCUGAUUGAGCCAAUCCAAGAUGCACAUGCUCUGAGACGAUUAUUUUCAUCCAUGCCCUCUUCUGUCCACACUCUCAUAUGGUUCCUGGCUUUGUUCAUUCUGGCCACACUCUCUUUUCUUUACAUUCUAAAAUGUGUUCUACACUUUGACAUGGUUAAGGAUGAAUUCUUAAACCAUGUCGGGGUGAAUUAUCUAUUUGUCCCCUGGAUUUGUUGGCUAAUUUUGCUAGAAUCAUCACCGUUCCUCUCUCCAAGAACACUUUUUUUCAAAAUACUUUGGUGGGUGUUCGUUGUGCCAAUGGUGAUGCUUGAUGUGAAGAUUUAUGGGCAGUGGUUUACAAAAGGGAAGAGGUUUUUGUCAGUUGGAGCAAACCCAACAAGUCAGCUAUCUGUGAUUGGGAACUUGGUGGGGGCACAGGCUGCUGCACAAAUGGGUUGGAAGGAGAGUGCACUAUGCAUGUUUUCUUUGGGUAUUGUUCAUUACUUGGUGCUUUUUGUCACACUCUAUCAGAGAUUAGCAGGGAACAAUAAUAUCCCUUCAAUGCUUCGUCCGGUGUUCUUCUUGUUCUUUGCAGCACCCAGCAUGGCCAGCUUGGCUUGGAACUCCAUUUGUGGCAAGUUUGACACCACAUGCAAGAUGCUCUUCUUCCUCUCCUUCUUCCUCUUCUUGUCCCUGAAACAGGUUUCAAGGCCUAUGCUAUUUAAGAAGUCGAUGAAGAAGUUCAAUGUGACAUGGUGGGCUUAUUCUUUUCCUCUUACGGCUUUGGCACUUGCUUCAGUAGAGUAUGCUCAUGAAGUUAAGGGGAUCAUGGCUCACACCAUCAUGUUUCUCUUAUCAUCUGUCUCAGUUUUGGUCUCUCUCAUAUUACUGCUUAUCACUGUUAUCAAGAUGAGCAGACACGCUUUUACCUGUUUCCAACCUUAGUUUCGAACACAUGUUUUUAUUCUCUCAUACAUUUUAGUCUAUCUUGUUCAUAAUUAUAACAUGCUGUCACCCUUAUCGUUUAUACCAAUUUUUAUAUUAUUCAACUUGAAUUGUUUUUCUUGAAUACAGUAACAUUAACAGAACACCAUUACUAUCAACUAUAGACAUUUUCAUGAGAGAUCAUUUUCAGUGUAACGUCGAGCUUCUAUCGUGAACCAUGUAUUUUCCAGCAUGUUUAAAUGAGUUGUCUCAAAUUUUAUCGUGAACCAUGUAUUUUUCAGCAUGUUUAAAUGAAUUGU